AUGCCCGCCAGCUUUCUCGGCCGUAUUGGCCUUGCCGGUGGGCCCUCCCACUCUGAUAUCAUCCAGCGUCAAAUGGAAAAGCGAGGUAUGCCCCUGUCUCCUCCGCGCACAACCCCCGCUGACCCUUUACCCCUCACAACAGCCUGCGACCUUUCCAACGGCGACCUCUACCUCUACCCCAACUCUUCCUCCUCCAUCGACGCCACCCAGCCCCUCACCUUCAAGUGGAACACUGGCUGUACCGUCGCAACCGACACUAUCGACCUUUACCUCUAUUAUGCGGGGGGUCUCAUCAAAGGAUGGACGGGCAGGCCGUUCAGUGAUGGCGAGUACCAAGUGACGCUGCAGCCCAAGUGGUGGAACGACACGUCCACUGCCGAGUUGCAGAUGAGCAUUAUCGACCACGAUGCUGAAAGCUGGGAUACUUCGUCCCCCGCUGGUCCCUACUUUACCGUCAACUACGCCGCCUCGGCCAUGUACUCUACCACCACCUCCAAUGGCCAGGCCGUCACCUCCACCCUCGCCGCCGCUGCAACCCAAUCCAGAGACACCGUCUUUCAAGACGUCUCCAACACCAACUCUGGCGACAAGAGCAGUAUCUCCAAGGGCGCCAUCGCCGCUGCCGUCGUCGUCCCCCUCGUCGUGAUCGCCAUCAUCAUCGGUGUCGCUGUCAAGUUCUGGCGUUUGCGCGAGGCGGAGAAGCGAAAGAGGUGGUCGCAGGCCUUGUCGACGCAUUCGAAUCUCGAAUGGGAGAAGGGUGCCCUGCCCGGCGAGAAGGGCCGACCUCCCAUGGGCGGCCGGCCUUCGAUGGGUGGUCGUCCUUCGAUGGGCGGACGCACGUCCAUGGGUACCCGACCGAGCAUGUCUUCGUACGGUAACCGUCCCGCCGACUCUCUCUACGGCCUCGAAAACAACAUGGCUGGUGCCGGCGCCUCCGGCGGCGCCUUCUUCCGCCCUGAAAUGGCUGGCCUCCGCUCUGCUUCUGCCGACAACCUCUCCACCUCUCGUUCGUCCGUCGUCAUGCCCGACGGUCAAGUCAGGCAGUCCCGUAUCUCGUUCGCCGAACACGCGCGUCCUGACCGUCGUUCCCGUGCUUCCCUGGGCGGCGAUAUCAGGCCUUCGUCCAUGUUUAGACUGCCGGGCGCGUCCAAGAGCGCGAAUGACUUGGCUGGUAUGAACACCAAGCUCGCUUACGCUACUGGUUCUGCCCUCGACGAUGAGGAGGAGCACAUCUCGGUGUCGCCUUCGCAGAAGGAAGGUCCCCUCGGCUUUGGCGAUAACGACAUGCGCCGCGCCGCCUCUGGCCAACGUACCGGCCGACGCUCAUUCCUCUCCAUCGGCGGUUCCAACGACAAACGUCAAUCCUUCGCAUCCGCCCUGUCCGGGGACGACUUUAAGUCUGCCGCUUCCACCCGCGGGUCAGUGGAUGAAUUGAGGGAUAUGGAAAACAUGGUCCUGCACCGUAAAUCCGUCCUGAGCCAAACGACCUCUUCCCCCGGUCUUUCCCCCGCCAAGGGUGAGGGUGCUGUACCCGCUAUGCCUUCGCCUUCUCCCCAGCAUGCGGGAGCAGACCCAGACGACAUGCUCGCUCUCUACGCCGCCCAACGCGCCGGCGCCCUCUCCCCUCCCCUCCCAUCGUCCCCUUCUUCCCCAUCUACCAGACCCACCAUGGCCAAACAACCGUCCUCUAUCAAGAUUCCAUUCUUCUCCAAGAAGCAUGCGCCCAACUCGCCGUCCUCGAGCCAGGAUAUGGGCAAUGUGAUGGAGGGGGAGAGGGGCGCGCCGGUGGAGAUGAAGAGUUAUGUGCAUCUGAACCGGGGGGAGGUCAGUGCGGAUGCUGUCAAUGCGCUGCCGAAGCCUGGACCUCGAGGGGGCGAGUAG